AUGAGCAGGCCUCAAGGCGGUCGAAUUCAAGUCCCAGAUGACCUUAGAGAGAUCUUAUUGGAAUUUACCAUAAGCUAUCUAUUGGAGCAGCCAGGGGACGUGAUUAAUUACGCCGUCGAGUUCUUCACAAGGUUACAGAACAACAGGACCACGACUAUAGUGAGAGGCCCAUCUGCCGGCACGCCCGAUGAAUCCAUAAUAUCAGACGAAGAAGAGCCGCCCGUGGCGCGCUUCAACAACCGCCGCAAGUCCGUCUUCGCGGAGACCUACGACCCGGAGGAGGAUGACUCCGACGAGGGGGCACCGGCCGUCUUCCCCAAGUCGGACGCGCAACGCGCCAGGCUCGCUGAGGCGGUGCGCGGCAUCCUGCUCUUCCGCUCGCUGGACGCACAACAGAUGCAGCAGGUGCUGGACGCCAUGUUCGAGAAACGCUCCGAGCCUGGCGAGUACGUGAUCCGCCAAGGAGAUGACGGUGACAACUUCUACGUCAUCGAAAAUGGCGUCUUCGACGUGCUGGUGAACGGGGACGAUGGCGUGGAGAAGGUGGUGCACACGUACGAGGGCUCCGGCUCGUUCGGCGAGCUGGCCCUCAUGUACAACAUGCCGAGGGCGGCGUCGGUGCGCGCCCAGUCGCCGGGCGCCCUCUGGGCCAUGGACCGCCACACCUUCCGCCGCAUACUGCUCAAGAGCGCCUUCAAGAAGCGCAAGCUCUACGAGGAGCUGCUCGACAAGGUGCCCAUGCUGAAGGCGCUGCAGCCGUACGAGCGCGCCAACCUGGCGGACGCGCUGCUGCCGCGCACCCUGAUCGACGGCGAGCUAAUCAUCCGCCAGGGCGACACGGCGGACGGCAUGUACUUCGUCGAGGACGGCUCCGUUAGCAUCCGCAUCACGCGCGACGACGGCAACGAGCACGAGAUCAAGCGCCUCGGGAAGGGAGGCUACUUCGGAGAACUGGCUCUGGUGACCCACAAGCCGCGAGCUGCCUCCGCCUACGCAGUCGGACCCACUAAGGUCGCAUUCUUGGACGUGGAGACUUUCGAGCGGCUGCUCGGCCCCUGCAUGGAGAUCAUGAAGCGCAACAUCGACGACUACGAGGAGCAGUUGCAGACCACCCCACCAGCCCGGCCCCUUCCACGCAACGUUCCACCACGUGAGGUGCUCACGUGUCCCACCCCAUACAUGUCUGUGUGUCCCCGGUGUGUUGAUAUUGAAACCCAG